UGCCUCUCCUAGGAUCGCUACCCAUAAAACGUCAUGGCUUCCUUACUCGGAGCUGGCUACGAGUCAAGCGACGAUGACACCGCUCCCUCCGCCCCGCAAACCCAGCCCCCGGUGCCGUCUGCGACCAAGAUUGUCGCGGCGCCCGAAGUGAAUACAGAGGAUCAAGCGCACAUGCAGAUGAUGCUGGCUAAUACGUCCUCCACCGCCCUCACCUACAACGCCACAUACGAUGACCUCUCUCGACCAUCGCAAGGCCCGGCCAACCCUUUCAAGCCCGCCGGCGCGGCCAACGGCGCCAAGCGCAAGAACGUGCCGACGGGCUACGCUGAAGAGGCAGCCAUCAGCGAAGCGAUGUUUACGGCACAACACCGCACGUUCCAGAGUCUCGGCUACACACGCAACCCGACUGUCCCCGAGCAAUUCGUCGGCAACCUCGCCCACGCAGCGCAGUUCGGCGGCCGCGACGUGAUCCAGAUGAAACCGUCGAAGGAGGUCUCCGCGGCGCUGCGCGCCAAGCGACAGAAGAAGGGCGACUCGAGCAUCGUCGAAGGGGAGGGCGCCUACCUGGGCCCGUGGGCCAAAUACCAAUCCGACAACCACUACUAUGAAGAUGCAGAAGCUGUGGAAGGCGCAGAGGACCGCGAGCUAGCCAGCGACGAGGAGUACGUGUACGAGGACGAGGCGGACGCGGCGGCGGCACCACCAUCGCACAUCCCCGCGGCGAUGGACAAACUAGCGACGGACUACCAAGACGACACGGGCAACGCGGAGACGACCGAGUUUCACGGCAGCGAGCAAUUCGACUACCUGGGGCGGACGUACAUGCACAUUCCGCAGGAUCUGGACAUCGACCUCCGCAAGGAGCCGGGCAGCACGAAGAACUUCAUCCCCAAGAAACUCAUCCACACGUACAAAUCGCACACGAAGGCGAUCACAUCGCUACGGUUCUUCCCGCGGGCGGGCCACCUCCUCCUGUCCUCGGCGGCGGACGGGCAAGCCAAGAUCUGGGACGCGUACCACUCGCGCGAGCUGCUGCGCACGUUCUCGGGCCACAGCAAGGCGAUCACGGACACGGACUUCCACCCGACGGGGACGACGUUCCUCACGGCCUCGUACGACCGGCAGAUCAAGCUGUGGGACACGGAGUACGGCAAGUGCGUGGGGCGGUUCUCGACGGGCAAGACGCCGCACGUGGUGCGGUUCAACCCGUCGCCGGAGCUCUCGCACGAGUUCCUGGCGGGCAUGUCGGACAAGAAGAUCGUGCAGUUCGACACGCGGUCGGGCGAGCUCGUCCAGGAGUACGACCACCACCUGGCGGCCAUCAACACCAUCACCUUCGUCGACGACAACCGCCGCUUCAUCUCCACCUCGGACGACAAGUCGCUGCGCGCCUGGGAGUACGGCAUCCCCGUGCCUAUCAAGUUCAUCGCCGAGCCCUACAUGUUCGCCCUCACCCGCGCCGCGCCCCACCCCAACGGCAAGUACGUCGCCUUCCAGUCCGGCGACAACCAGAUCGUCGUCUACGGCGCCACCGACAAGUUCCGCCAGAACCGCAAGAAGAGCUUCCGCGGCCACAACAACGCCGGCUACGGCAUCGACAUCAAGAUCUCCCCCGACGGCCAGUUCCUCGUUUCGGGAGACAGCGCCGGCUACGUCUGCUUCUGGGACUGGAAGACCGGCAAAAUGUACCACAAGAUCAUGGCCGGCGGCAAGGAAGGUGGCGCCACCACCUGUCUGGAUUGGCAUCCCCAGGAGACCAGCAAGGUCGUCACCGGUGGUCUGGAUGGUAUCAUUCGCUAUUGGGAUUGAUUGCGUCGUCGUCGACUUUGCUCUUUCCUUUUACUUUCGCGGGAAAAGGGGCAUGGGGUUAUGGAUCAUGUUCUUCCUUCUUAUCCUUUUUUUUUUUAAUAUCUUCAUAGAUAUGGGCCCUUCGUCGCCGGUUUCUUGGGACGGUUAGUAGUAUAGGUGCUG